UCUUCUUUUUUCUUUUUCAUUUUCUUCUUCUUUAAAGAUAUUUUAAUUUAAAUAUAUAUACAUAUAUAAGUAUAUAUACAUACAGGCAUACAUUUAUACAUACAUACAUAUUCCUUUAAUCAACUAUAGUAUUUAUAUAUACGUGUUUACUUGUUAACGUAAAAUAAAACAACUACAAAAGAGUAUAUACAAAACAUAUUAUGACAACGCCUGCUGUCGUUAAUGAAAAAUUCGAAUUGGAUUCUCCAACGACAUCAUCAUUUAGAGACGAAAAGAAAGAUUAUAUUAGAGAUGGAGAUAGUAUAGACAAUCAAGCUCAUGAAAAGUCUUCAUUCAACCGUGUUACUGAGGAAUUUCAUUUCACUUGGCGUGCUUCUAUUGUCGGUUCCUUACUUGGUUGUUUAGUUGCUGCAUCUAACACAUAUCUCGGUUUGAAGAUUGGUUGGACAUUUGGUGCAUCACUCUUUGGUGCCAUUUUUUCUUUUGCUAUUUUAAAGCCCUUAUCAAGAAUACUUCCUCCUAAAUGGGGUGGUGGUUAUUUUGGUCCAAAAGAAAACUGUUCUGCGCAAUCAGCAGCAACAACCGCUGGCGGUCUUGCUGCUGGUUUUGUUUCUGGUAUUCCUGCCAUGUAUAAGCUUGGUCUCAUGACAACGCCUAGAGAUGAUGCUGUUGCUCUUCUUCUUUUCACAAUCUCUUGUGCAUUCUAUGGUUUAUUCUUUGCUGUUCCUCUUCGUAAUCACUUUGUUGUUAAACAAGAUUUAACUUUCCCUACUCCUCGUGCCGCUGCUAUCACCAUUCUUUCCCUUCAUGAUACUAUGGAAGGUGAGAAAAAAGCAAUGCAGAAAGCUCGUUGGAUGGGUUUUUGGUUCCUUCUUUCAUUCUUUUGGAAGCUUAUUUCCUUCUGGCUUCCUUUCUUAGAUAUACUUCAUAUCUUCUAUUAUAUUGGUAAUGCUGCUAAUUACACCCCUUUGAUGAGUGCUGAUCUUGAUUGGGGAUGGUAUUUCUGUUGGGAUUUUCCAUUCUUUGGAGCAGGCUUAAUGACACCUGGUUCUACUGUUCUUUCCUUCUUUAUUUCAUCAGUUGUUAUCUAUGGUAUUAUUGGUCCUCUUCUUGUCCAAAAUGGUACCUUUAUUGCACCUUUGGGCUUCAAUGCUGCUGGUGACACAACAAAUCGUUUCUUUUUAUGGCCUGGUAUUGCCCUCAUGGCACUUUCAGCCUUCACUGAACUUUUCCUUCAUUACGAUUCUCUUUGGCGUGGCGUGAAGGGUGGUGUUGAAGAGCUUCGACUUGCGUUUAUGCGUGGUGUUAACUAUUUCCGUCGCAUCGUUCUCCGUUCAACAUUAACAGAUGAACAAAAUAACCGUUACAAUUCACAGGUAGAUGAAAAUGAAAUCUUUGCUCCGGACCAAUUAGUGCCUGCCUCCUGGUGGGUAUCGGGUACAUUUGUCUCUAUCGUCUUUACUUGUGCUAUUAUGGGUAGAUACUUUGGUAUGCCCGUCUAUCAAUCGCUGAUUGCCGUUAUUUUAGGUUUUAUUCUUUCAUUUGUUGGUAUUCAAGCCUCCGGUGAAACAGAUAUCAACCCUGUUGGAUCUAUCGGUAAGAUGUCCCAAUUGGUAUUUGCAAAGAUGCCUGCAGAAAAUCAAAAUGCAGUCAUGAAGAAUAACUUGAUGGCUGGUAACAUCUCCGCUUCAGCUGCCUCUCAAGCUGUCGACAUGGUAGGUGACUUGAAGACAGGUCAACUUGUAGGUGCCUCACCACGAUCUCAAUUCCUUGCUCAAUUGGUUGCCUCCUUUUUCGCUAUUGCCGUUGCUGUCGGUUUCUUUAUCUUAUUCGCUGAAGCUUAUCCUUGUAUCAUUGACCCUGAUAUUGAAGCCUCUGACUGUGAAUUUGGUUUAGUCGCUGUCACUGCAUGGAAAAACGUGACAUUAUUGUUGACUGGUAAUGGUGAUCCUCUUAGUAAAGGAUCUAUUAUUGCUACUAUUGUUUGUGCUGUCGCUGCUGUUGUCUUACCCCUCUGUCGUCAGUUCCUCUUACCUCAAAAGUAUCAUCGUUACUUCCCCUCCAUUAGUGCUAUCGGUAUCUCCAUGAUUAACCCUCAACCUGAGGUUCCCUUUUCUAUGUUCCUUGGUUGGUUAGGUGGUAAGAUCUGGAAACGUGUGGAUCCAGAAGCCCAUGAGGACUUGAUGUUCAGUGCAGCUGGUGGUUUAAUCGCUGGUCAAGGUAUUGCUGCUAUUCUUCAAGCUGUCUUUAAGAUCUCUAAUAUUAAAGGCAAUGUGGUUGUAGCUACUUGUAUUGGACAACUUGCAGAUAACUGCCCAUAAAAAAAAGGCAUAAUAAUAGUAAUAAUAGUAAUAAU